AUGUAUUAUAUCCUUUACUUGGCCAGCCUCUGCCGCCGCCGCAGCUGGGCCGAGCCCUCAUACGAGGCCUACGCCACGACAUCAGGCUACACGUGCGUCGUCCGCGUCAAUAACCGCGAGUACCAGACAGAUAUGGUCUGCGAGAGCGAGACGCUUGCCCGCGAAGGCGCCGCCAUGCGAGCCUAUCUCAUUUGCCGCAACUUCUCUGUCAACGAUGGCAUGUACCCGGCUGGCCAUAGCCAGGGUGGGGCGGUGCAAGGUAUCCCCGUUGCGAUUGGCACGGGCCGCAAGUCGAGUCGGGAUGAUGAGUCGGAUACCUCUGUUAGUAGCAGUGGGGGCAGUUGGAGCGGGGGGAGUAGUCCGGAGCGAAUGAUGAGAAUGGACCAAGUAGGCAGGGGGGAAGUUGGAGUUGCUGCUGUGCCGGGGUCGGCGAGGGCGUUGGCCUAUGCGCGGCGGGACGUUUAG